CCUUGGGAGAAAAACCUACGUUCUCCCUCCCAAACCCACCCCGCCCGUUGCCUCCUCCCCUCAUGCACGCUUCUCAGUCCAUCUCCGGCUACUAGGAGACUGCCAGUCUCUGCUUGAACUCUUCCCGUAACUCGCAUAAACUACAACUACUUCAAUUACCAGCGUCAGCCACUGGAUUGGGACUCGACGGAGACUGCAACUCGACGACCACGACGACUCUGGGCAACGGUGAAGCAUACAAACAUCUCAAGGAUAUCUUUCUCAAGCUUCAACCAUUUGUUUCUGAUUUAGUUUGAAUAACAUUGGUGAUUUAGAGAGGAUCUACCCAUCUGAGCUAUGAAGCGAGGACGAGAGAGUCCCUUUAUAUUGUUUAACGUUCAGCCCCUUUCAAAAUCAAACCUUAAGCAAUCUUCACUUUCCUCUAGUCCUCUCCAGUCUUCAACAUUCGGCCAUCCCCUUUCCUCCGAUAAGACCUGCCGCGCUCGCCCCCGUUUUGGUUACUUGCUGUCUCGGUUUAAAGUAUCUCAAAGAAUAGUGUGUAUUCUUUGCCCCAAUCCUUUUGUGAAUGGCGGUCUUCAAGCUUUUAACCUGGAUUGCAUCUCAAACAAGAACACAAUCCCUCCUCAAAACCCUUCGUUACAUGAGCAAUGUCCCUGAAAACACGGUCUACGGCGGCCCCACCUCCCAAACUCCAAAUCAAAGAGUUACUCUCACCAAUCUUAUACAAAAGUACAAGAAAGGUGAACCCAUCACCAUGGUCACUGCUUACGAUUACCCUUCCGGUGUCCAUUUGGACAUGGCUGGCAUUGAUAUUGCUUUGGUUGGCGAUUCAGCUGCCAUGGUUGUGCACGGCCACAACUCUACGUUGCCAAUUAGUUUGGAUGAAAUGCUUGUUCAUUGUAGGGCUGUGGCUCGUGGGGCUAGGAGGCCUUUUUUGAUUGUUGAUUUGCCCUUUGGUACUUAUGAAUCCAGCCAUGCUGUUGAUACGGCAGUGAAAAUUCUGAAGGAAGGGAGAAUGGAUGCAAUAAAAUUGGAAGGGGGUGCACAUUCUAGAAUAACAGCAGCAAGAGCUAUAGUCGAUGCAGGAAUUGCGGUAAUGGGGCACGUUGGACUUACUCCGCAAGCCAUUAGUGUUCUCGGAGGAUUUAGACCUCAAGGGAAGAAUAUCGCCAGUGCUGUUAAGGUAGUGGAAACUGCAAUCUCUCUACAAGAAGCUGGGUGUUUUGCUGUCGUCCUAGAAUGUGUUCCUCCAGAAGUUGCUGCUGCGGCUACAGUUGCUCUCCGUAUUCCCACCCUGGGCAUUGGAGCAGGGCCUUUCUGUAGUGGACAAGUGCUAGUUUACCAUGAUCUGCUUGGCAUACUUCAACACCCACAUCAUGCUAAGGUGACCCCGAAAUUCUGUAAGCAAUUUGCUCAAAUUGGAGAUGUCAUCAACCAAGCUUUAUCAGAAUAUAGGGAAGAAGUAUCUAAUGGCUCGUUUCCUGGACCGCUCCACAACCCAUAUAAGAUCAGCGACGCUGAUUUGAAUGGUUUCAUGAAAGAGUUGCAAAAUAUGGGAUUGGAUGAGGCAGCAUCAGCAGCUUCUGCUAAAGCCAGUGGAUGAUUAAACUCGGACCAUAUUUAAGUAGUUCGCCUUGGUCUGACCUUUUUCGAGUUUUAGACAAUUGAUGGAGUUUAUAAGGUGAGAUGAUCUAUCUGUUCGUAGAAUCAGUCGCUGAAAAACGCUUCAAACUCUUGUAUAUAAAGAUUGCAAUAACCGUUUUCUUAAUGCAAUCGGUUCCUUCUCAGAUUUCCUCUA